AUGAAACAGAGAUUAAACAAAUCAUCGAUUCUGGAAGAAUUAGAAAAUAAUCGAAAAGAACAAUUACUAGAAGAAAACAAGAAAAUUCUCUUAAUAAAAGAAAGGAUUAGAAGAGAACAGAUUGCAAUAUAAAAUAAGGAUAAUGAAUUAAGAUAAAUUUAGGAGCAACUUCAUAAUUAAAUCAUGUCAUCUAAAAAACAUCUCUGUUAACCAAUCAAUUUCAGCUCAAUUUUAUUACAUUAAUAACAAUAUGAUGGUAAUAAAAUUGUUAAGGAAAUGGAAAGAUAAAAUAAGAAAAUGUCGGCUCCAUAAGUAGAAUUUUAGAGGUCUAAUACUUACAUUAAAUUACUCCACAAAUAGCAAGAGGAGCAAAUAAGAUUGAUAGCAAAGAGAUAACAAAUAAAAGCAAGAAAAUAGGUCUAAUCAAAGUAUUCAGAAAUUGUUAAAGAGAUUUAUUCAAGACCAGUUAUAAAGACUUUUCAUGAAGAUCCUUCAGAUGCCUUUCUAUUCAACUCAAAAUCCAAACCUAUUUCCUUGCAUGAGUAAUCUAACAAAACCAGCUCUGAUGUUAGUCAAUUAUAAUAAAUAGAUAAAUAUUUAAUUAAAAAACUAGAAAAAAUAUUAUAGGUAGAAGACAAGCUCGAAGAAAAAAGAUAGCCAGAAAUCAAAAUAAAAGUCAGGCAUCAAUAAGUAUAAAAAUUGUCACCUAUUACAUAACCUUAAUGCAAGAAGAAGGAUUAGGCUGAAGGUAUUCACAUACAUAAAAAGGUGUAGGAAGUGUAACCAGCUUAAUGGAGAAACAUUUUUGAUGAUAGUCUAAUUUCUUCUUAGGAUAGGGUGUAAAAGACUUUACAUUAAAUAAAGCUGUUAAAUAGUGAAGCAUAAAAGUUAGAAGAGGAAACAAAUACAAAAAUAAAUGUUGAAAAAGAAGAGAAAUUAAAUGAUUUGCUUGUAAAUCAGAUACAAGCUAGAUUGGCAUUAUUGGAGAACUUUAAUUGA